UAAAUAACAAAUAUGCCAAUCAAACCGUCACACGUCAUGGGUGAUUUUCUAAUAUAAAUUAUAUCUUUCAGAUUAUAUUUAGUGAUGUAAUUUAUUGUUUUAACUACUUAAAAGUAUAUUAUGCACUUAGCUAUAUGGUACAAUUGACCUUUAAACUUAAAAUAUCUUACUAUGUCACUAUAAAACAAUAAGCUAUCAAAUAAUUCAUGUUUACAACUCAUGUCCGAUCAUGAAUAAUCGCAAAAAACAAGGAAAUGCAAAUGCAUGGAAGAAGCUUCCUGAAAAGAAUCCACCAGCAAAUAAGUUCAAAGAAGCUCAGAAAAAGCUUCAAGCUUCUGUUCAAAAGCAUAUUCAAGGCUAUGAAUCCUCAUCUGAUGAAGAAAUACAAGAAAGUAAAACUGUCAUAGAUAAAAUUACUGCUACUUAUACCACUAAAGGUGGAACGAAUGACAAAUUGCAAAAGACGGUAUCUUAUUUACGAGACAACCUUAUGUCAGGAGCUACGACAUGUUUGAUUUGUAUUUCCAAAGUGAAAAGAGAUGACCAGAUAUGGUGUUGCGAAUCUUGUCAUUGCUUUUUUCAUCUUAUGUGUAUUCAAAGAUGGUCAAAAGACAGCAUUUCUCAAAAGAAGCAGUCUCUCUCAGCACAGUUUUCUUCAUCUGGAGAUCAAUGUCUUUGGUGUUGCCCUAAAUGUAGGAGAAAUUAUAAGUUAGAAAAUAGUCCUAUGGAAUAUAAAUGUUUCUGCAAAAAGACUACUAAUCCUAUAUAUCAGGCUCUCCUAGUACCUCAUUCAUGUGGCGAAAUUUGUGCAAAAGAAUUAGAACCACCCUGUGGACAUAAAUGCUUACUUCUUUGUCAUCCAGGUCCAUGUCCCCCUUGUCCUGUGACAGUUAACGCAAAAUGUUAUUGUGGUGCAAAACCUCCUAGACUGCAAAGAUGUAGUGAUAAAUAUUGGUCAUGUGGUGGAUCUUGUGGAAAAUUACUUGAAUGCAGUAAGCACUACUGUGAUGAUCCAUGUCAUGGCGGUGAUUGCAAGCCAUGCACAAAAAAAAGUAUCCAAAAGUGCAAUUGCAGGUCUCAAGCAAAAUUGAGAGAUUGUUCAUCUCCUGAAUGGCAGUGUGAAAAGGUGUGUGGAAAAUUUUUCAGUUGUGGGAUCCAUAAGUGCAUGGAAAUAUGCCAUGCCGGUGUUUGCAAUGCCUGUGAGCUGAGCUUACCAAGGACAUGUCCUUGUGGGAAAACAAAGUACAAUUUACCGUGCACUGAAGAAACGCCUACUUGUCCUGAUACCUGUGGUAAACUGCUUGAAUGUGGUGAACAUUUUUGUGUCCUGAAAUGUCAUAAAGGAAGAUGUGGCACGUGUUUGGAAGUGGUCAAAAAAACAUGUAGAUGUGGACAACAUACCAAAGAUGUUCAUUGUAGCAAACCUUUUUAUUGUGAAACAAAAUGUAAAAAUAUGAGAGACUGCAACAAGCAUCCUUGCAAUAAAAAGUGUUGUAAUGGAGAAUGUCCACCCUGUGAAAAACCUUGUGGAAAAACAUUGAAUUGUGGUAAUCAUAAAUGUGUGUCAGUUUGCCAUCGUGGCCCUUGUUUUCCUUGUAAUCUAAUGGAUGUUGUUACUUGCAAUUGUGGUGAAUCUAAACUAAGCGUACCUUGUGGAAGAAAGAAUCAGGUCAAACCUCCAAAAUGCUCUCUUUGGUGCCAAGCACUUCCGGAAUGUCAUCAUGAAAAACGGGAAUUGCACAAAUGUCAUUUUGGUAAUUGCCCUCCAUGUAAACAGAUUUGUGAGAAUAGUAGACCCAAUUGUCCUCAUCUAUGUCCAGCACCUUGUCAUGAUGCUGUUAUGGUAAAAGUUGAAAGGGCUAAAGCAAGUGCGCCUUGGGAGGAAGUGAAACCCCAGAAGGAAAAAAGAUGUUUACCAUGUCCUGAAUGCAUUGUACCUGUUCCUAUCCAAUGCUUUGGAGCUCAUGAGGUAUCUGACUGGCCUUGUCACCUUGCUAAACCAGGAAGUUGCUUCCGUCCUUGUGGUAGGAACCUUCCUUGUGGAAAUCAUAAGUGUACCUUACCCUGCCAUAUAGUUCAAGAUAGUACAGAUGGCAUUAUGGCGGGAAGUAAUUGUGAAGUAUGUGAGAAUGAAUGUUGCAAAAAAAGACCUGAAGGAUGUCAACAUACUUGUCCCAAGCCAUGUCAUCCUGGAGAAUGUCCUCCUUGUAAACAGAUGGUCAGGAUAAAAUGUCAUUGCAGUCUACUUCAACUUUAUGUUGUAUGCAAAGAUUUACUCAACCCUGACAAACAAGAAGAAAUUCAGAGUUGUGGAUAUCAGUGUCCUAAAAAUUUGAAAUGCGGCCAUCGAUGCAAAAUGAACUGCCAUCCUGGACUGUGCUCAGAAAGUAUUCCUUGCAAGAAGAAAGUGAAGGUCUUUUGUGAGUGUAAGAGAUUAAAGAAAGAGAUCAAUUGUGACACUGUUAGAAAUGGAGAUGGAAAAAUAGAGUGUGAUGCAGUUUGUGCUGAAUUGAAAGAAGAAACAGACAGAAAGAACAAGAUUAUGAUGGAAGAAAAGGCGAAACAAGAGGAAUUGAAGAACAAAGAAGAACUGGAGAAGUAUAUGAAAAAAUUUAAAGGAAAAAAGAAGAAUAAGGAAAGAAGAAGUAAUUCCAUUGAUGAUGAUGACAUUAGCCUUUGGAAAAAAUAUUAUGUUCCUUUAUCUGCACUAGUACUGAUGAUUAUUUCAUUGAUUACAUUCAUUCUCAUCACUGAAUAAAUAAGCUAUGUUGGUAAUGGGUGAAAAUUAAAUAAACUUAGGAAAUAAAAUACGAAAAUUUCUUUGGUAAAAUGAAGUUAUGUAUAUUUUAUUAAUUACUUUGUUUGUAAAAGUAUAAUUAAACCAACAGGUCAUUGAAA